AUGUGGCACUCACCUGUGCGCCCCCGCAGGGCCGUCGCCAUGUCGGUGUCGCACAGCUCCAGGCUGAACAAGCUGGUGCGGGAGCAGUACAUGAGGCUGCCCCAGGAUGGGAGGGUGCAGGUCACCUACGUCUGGAUCGACGGCAGCGGCGAGGGCGUGCGCUGCAAGAGCAGGACCCUCGAUAAGGAGCCCAAGAGCAUCGAAGAUGUCCCCGAGUGGAAUUUUGAUGGCUCCAGCACGGCACAGGCAGAGGGCUCCAACAGUGACAUGUUCCUGGUGCCUGUCUGCAUGUUCAGGGACCCUUUUUGCCUGGACCCCAACAAGCUGGUGCUCUGCGAAGUGCUGAAGUACAACAGGAAACCCGCAGAGACCAACCUGAGACACACGUGCAAGAAAGUCAUGGACCUGGUGAAGGACAGCCGGCCCUGGUUCGGGAUGGAGCAGGAGUACACCCUGCUGGGCAUCAACGGCCACCCCUAUGGCUGGCCCGACAACGGCUUCCCCGGCCCGCAGGGCCCCUAUUACUGCGGGGUUGGAGCAGAUAAGGUGUACGGGCGUGAUAUCGUGGAGUCCCACUACAAGGCCUGUCUCUAUGCGGGGGUGAAGAUCUGUGGCACCAAUGCCGAGGUGAUGCCCUCCCAGUGGGAAUUCCAGGUGGGCCCGUGUGAAGGCAUUGAGAUGGGGGAUCACCUGUGGAUGGCUCGGUUCAUCCUGCACCGUGUCUGUGAGGACUUUGGGGUUGUGGCCACCCUGGACCCCAAACCGAUGACCGGCAACUGGAACGGCGCCGGGUGUCACACCAACUACAGCACCGAGGAGAUGCGCAGAGAGGGGGGCCUCAAGCACAUCGAAGCCGCCAUUGAGAAGCUGAGCAAGCGGCACGAUUACCACAUCUGCGUGUAUGACCCGCGGGGUGGCAGGGACAACUCCCGGCGCCUCACCGGCCACCACGAGACCUCCAACAUCUUCGAGUUCUCGGCCGGCGUGGCCAACCGAGGCGCCAGCAUCCGCAUCCCGCGCCAGGUCGGCCAGGACGGCUACGGCUACUUCGAGGACCGGCGGCCGGCGGCCAACUGCGACCCCUACGCGGUCACCGAGGCCAUCAUGAGGACGACGGUGCUCAACGAGACCGGGGUGGAGACCAAGGACUACGCUGAGCACUGAGGCACCGGGUGGGUGGAGGUUCUCGUGCCUACAGUAGCUUCUCACGUGGGAUUUGUGCCUGUGCGGUGUCUUCAGCUGCACGCUCAGACUCUUUAGGAACCUCGCUUCUGGUCUUGUGAAACUUUGCCUUAGAAAUAUGUAUUUUAUAGCAAGAGGGAGGGGCCCAACCUAUUUUCUCAACUACUUUGUUUGUUCUGGUUCCUGGUUUUAGGUCAUGAGGUUUUUUUAAAAAAAACUUGGAUUGAAUUUUUUUUUUUCCCUGAUGGACUUUACACUGUGAUGUACAUAGAUUCCAAUGUGGAUGCUGCAGCUGCUGCUGUUUGCACCUGUGGAGGGUGGGUGCUUUUUUUUUUUCCCCAUAUCUCUGUUGCAAGGAAAUGAUAAUAAAUAAUUUUCCUGGCUGCGUGGCAGCUGGGUUAUGCUGUGGUGAGUGCAUUUUCCUGUAGCUCCUAGAGCUCCGUGGAGUUUUUAAUUUGGGUGGUGCUGGUGGGUUGCAGCCACUGAGUGCCUGGACAGGAGCAGGAAGAGCGGAGAUGCUGGAGGAUCCUUGAGGCAGGUGCCUGGAGCUGCCUUGCCUCAUUUUCUGGACCAAAGGCCAUCUCCUUCCAUCGUGAUCCCAAAGGCAAACAGAGCAGUGUGGGCUGAGCAAACAGCGGCCGGAGCAGCAGCUGGCGGGCGUUUACACAGGGUGUGUGCUGCUGAGUCAGCACAGCCAGCCCAGCCCGGGCACAGCCAGCACAGCCCUCCCCUCUGGGGACACCUCUGCGUGCAGCAGGGGACCCUGGGGACUUCCCCUCUGCUGCCUUGGUGAGCCACAGGGUCACGGUGCAGCUCCUUGGGUCGGAGUCUCUUCACAAGGUGGCGGACAUGGAUUUAUUGGUAGAAUCGCAGGAGGUUUGGGUUGGAAGGGACCUUAAAGCCCAUCCAGCUCCAUUCCCUGCCAUGGCAGGGACACUUUCCACUGUCCCAGGCUGCUCCCAGCCCUGUCCAGCCUGGCUGUGGACACUUCCAGGGAUCCAGGGGCAGCCACAGCUGCUCUGGGCACCCUGUGCCAGGGCCUGCCCACCCUCACAGGGAAGGAUUUCUUCCUAAUAUCUCAUCUAAACCUCCUCUCCUUUAGUUUGAAGCCAUUCAUCUACACCCUAUGAAAUUCAUGUAGUAAAACCCCCAGGAAGGGCUUUUCCAUGUAGAUGGGAUGUUAACAGCAUCUCCAGUCCCAGACCCUUGGGUCCCUCUGCAAUGCAGCUGUGCGGUGAUGGAUACAAGCACAGGGGACAUCCCCUUAAUGCCAGGGACACCUCAGACAGGUCAGGCCACCUGCAGGAUGUGACCCAGCUGCAGUCAUCAGCAGGGAGUCCACUGUAGGUGAGAGGAAGCAGCAGCAUGGACAGAGGACAUCCAGUGCAGUCAUGUGGAUUUUGAAACUGGAUUUAUGUUUAUCCUUGAAUCUGACACAGGUGACAAGCUGGGCUGGAGGGAGGCUCCUGAGUCCCUCCUGCAGGGCACAGUGCUGCCAGUGGCAAAGGGAAUAAGGGCCAUGGGAGAUGGUCAAGCCCCAGAUCACAAGCAGCCAGGAGCCCUCAGUGCCUCUGAGCUGUUCAAGAAUAAAUGUAACCCAGUCCCCACCCUAAAAAGGAAGGGUUUUCCUUCCAGAAGUUGUUGUUUGGGAUGUUUAUCAUUUUUCAUCAAAACCACAAGCCUGUCUUGUUUUCCUCUCAUUUCUAUGGUAUCUCUAAUGGGUAAUUUGAGCACUGGGACAAUGACUGAUGGAUGCAGCUGGAAAAUCAAUAAAGAGCUAAAUCUGGA